AUGGCUUUGUCCAAGAGUAGCACUGUUUCAGCAGCACUGGAGCAGCAGGCUUCUCACUCCACACACAAGCGCAGGAUCUCUUCGCCCUCACGGCACGAAGAGUUCCCUGCUGUGAUUAAGAAACGCAGGCACAGCGCUAGCCUGCCCCACCACCGAGAAGGAGGCCAAGCCCACUCAGGAAUAGCGCCCCACACCAGGAAGAGACCGGUAGCCACCAACUCAUUACAAGAUUCUUGUCCCUGCCCCGCUAAAAGGUCAAAAAUUUCUUUCCCUUCACCACGACGCUUUUCUGGCCACAUCAACAAGCUCACGCGUCGAGUUGACCAAGCAGAAGACGCAGCCAAUGUGACAACUUCAGGCCGCAAGAGACAACGAUCCGCAGCUGCCAGGGUGGCGACUGAACCCUCGCCCUGCUCCGCAAAGAGGCAGAGGACACAGAGUGGUGCGGCAGCCACUGCCUCUCCUGCACAGUCACCAGGCACAGGGCACAGUCAGCUUGCUCCUGGAGAGGCAGGAAGCCCGUCUCUUCCUUUCGUAACUGCUGCCACACACCACACGCCACCACGUCCCAAAGCUCCACAACAGGCUUGCUUCAACAACAAAAACAGACCCAAUAUGCGCUUGUUUCCUUGGUGGCGACACACUAAGCAAAGGAAACUUUUGAAGGAAGAGAAGGAAGCACUGCGAUUCCUUCACCAAAUUGACAUUGCUCUGCUGACGAUCGCUGACGUGGAACAGAUCGUCAGUAACGGGACCAAGAGACUGGGAUCGGGCGCCUAUGGCUCGUGUGACAAGGCCGUCGAUCCCACAACUCAGCAGCCACUCGUCAUCAAAACGUUCGCUAAAGAUCUCAACGGACUCGACGACCUCAUCUCAGAGGCGACCAACCUGCGACACCUGCAGCUUCCCGGCGUGCAGCGACUGGUCGGCGUCUGCGUCCACACGCGACAGAUGAUAAGUCACUUUGCUGGUAUCACCGCUAAACGCUACUUCAAGCGUAACGCACCCUCCCUAGCUGACACCCUCAGUGUCUUCGGCCAGGUCUCGCGAACGCUGCAGCACGUGCUCGACAAGGGUUUGACCCACAAUGACCUUAAGAGCGACAACGUUUGCGUUCAGGCGAAUACUGAUGUCCCUGAAGCAACUAUCAUUGAUUUUGGCCUCGCCCGGCGGGUGGGCACCCUGCUGAUCUACGAAAAGUGCUCAGAUUCGAAGAGGCUCCCCUGGCUGGCACCGGAGCUACUUCGGCACACCUACCCUUGUGGUGAGGCAUCCGACGUGUUCAGUCUGGCUCACCUCAUCAAAGAGUCGCUGCCCGUCAGGAGCAGGUCCGAACAGAGGCCCUCCCUGGCCGCCCUCAAGGAACUGGUGAGGCGCGCCCAGCUCAUCACUCCAGCAAAGCGGCCCCGCCUCUCAGCGUUCACUGAGCUGCUGCAGCAGAUGCACGAGGAGGCCACGAAGAGCGCAAAGGAGUGA